CAAAAGUAUAUGAAGAAGUGUUUGGAAGCUGCACGGUGUAGUUUUGAAGCUGGUGGUGCUGGGGUCGGAGCCCUGGUUGUCGAUCCGGCAAAGAAACGGGUUAUCGCCGUAGGGUAUGAUGACAGGGUUAAAUACCAUUUAAAGCAUGCCGUUAUGGUAGUCGUUGAUCUGGUGGCGCAUUCUCAGGGCGGGGGGGCCUGGAAGGUGGGAGACAGACAGUGGUUUUUGGAAACUGGAGAAUCUUUUAUAAAAGAGAUACGUAAAUCAUACGUGGAUUCUGAGCCAUUGACACAGAAGGAGACUCGACGUUGUUCCAGCUCCGAAGCUGGCAACAAGCAAACCUCAAGCGAUGUUUGGUUCGGGUGCAGAGAUACUGACAGCAGUGGCGUCGAUGUAGUGCGGUCGAAGGACGGUUCUGCCUCUCGAGAGCCGAAGACGGGUCCUUACGUCUGUACAGGAUAUGAUGUGUAUGUGACCAGGGAGCCGUGCCCCAUGUGCGCCAUGGCAUUGGUGCACAGCAGGGUAAGGCGUGUGUUUUAUGGAUGCCCGAGUCCUCAGGGAGCGUUGGGCACGAAUGUCAAACUUCAUACGUUGAAAGGUCUCAACCAUCACUAUGAAGUAUUUGCGGGAAUUUUGGAGAAGGAUUGUGAAAAUGUUCAAAAUACAUUCCCGGAUAACUUGGGCAUGCGCUGUUCAGGAUUGUCUUGAUACUGUAAUGGCAGCG